CUCAUCUUGUCAGACUUCUAUUUCAGUCUUUGAGCGAGGCGAUUCUUGGGCCUGCCAUCGUCUGUCCCAUAGCUUGGUAAUUACCAGAGAAAAUGCGUAACCAGUUGCUCCGCGGAAGCCGCCAUCUCAGCCGUCUUACCAGCCCCACGUCGGUUUCACCAAAUCUAUCCCUACAGCGGUAUGCCUCCACAGGAGCCCGCCAGGCCUUCGGUGGGCGCCCUGCCCACCACGCCCCCGCAGACUGGGGACAACCGUUGAGACACAUUGGCCGAGCACUGCAGCUAUACGUUCCUGUAGCUGGUGUGGUACUAUUUUGGCCAUACCCUGUAUACAAGAUAUCAGAGGCUAUAUGGUGAU